CUGGAUAUUUCAUUAAAGCGGUUAUACUCGCGUUUUUGCAUUAUUUUAGUUUAUAUAACACCCAGCGAGCGGACUAACCAGAGCAAUGUAUGAUGGGUAUAUUAUGCAGAUGUAGGCGAUGACGUUGCGAUGCGGUGGGCGGGGCUAGUUGUCCCGAGUGAGUUCUGGCUGCGGCUGUUUGUACUUCCACGUUCUGGUAAGCGUUCUAAUGCUGGAACACCCCGAGAUCUCUCACUGUAACCAUAACAACCUCCACCGUGAUACACUGUAACAUAGCCCCCCCCCCCCCUUCCUAUCAUUCUCAGCCAGACUAAUAACUCACCGAGCAUCAAACACAGCAUAGCUGUUAAUCUGCAAUACGUCCAUUAACGGUCACAAAUUCCCCCUUUUUACCCGUCAGAGCCAGAGCGCCCUCUGUAGUAUGCAAGUUGUAAUUACACCCAGUCUGCUGUGCACAUUCUUCACCCCUUGGAAAGAUGAUGUACAGCUAUAGGUUCUCCUGUUUCAUUCACACACCUUCCUUUCUGUCUGUGGAUUUCCUUCUCUGCUAAGUCAUCGAACAUUAUCUGACAUUCACACUCUUUCUGCCAAUGUGCUGCUUUGCCACCUUUUCAAAAAACAAAACACUGCCCUCACCAAUCACUUGUCUGGGUAUUGUUGGUCCUAAGUGACUUAAAAGGACACUAUAGCCACCAAAUCAACUUUACCUUAAAGGGACACUAUAGUCACCAAAUCAACUUUACCUUAAAUGGACACUGUAGUCACCAGAACAACUACAGCUUAUUGAAUUUGUUCUGGUGAAUAGAAUCAUUACCCUCAGGCUUUCUAUGAAGAGAUCUAAUUAUUAGGUAAUUAUUAAUUAUUAUAAUAAUAAUAUUAUUAUUAAUUAUUAUUAAUGCCUAAUUAUUAGGCAUUAGGUCUCCCCCGACAGCGGACGUUGGCGGAGCCUGACCCCUUCAGCCCCACAGGAGGGGGUGAAACCUGUAGUGCCAAGAAAAUGGCUUUGUUUUCCUGUAACUAAUUUUUAAUUUUUUUAAUUAAUAAAAUAUCGGUCACAGUAAGUCACACAAGAAACAUGGAUGGAGUAAUUUUGGAAUCAUAUUACCCAGAGAACUUGCCUUGCAAAAACUUAAGUUACAUCUGAUUGUAAAAGAAGCCAUUUUUUUUUCAUGCAGGCUGUGUCAGUCACAGUCAGGGGAGGUGUGGCUAGGGCUGCCUAAACAGUAACAAAAGUGAUUUCACUCCUAAAUAGCAGAGAAUUGAGCAGUGAAACUAAAGUGGCAUGAUCUAUACACCAAAACGGCUUCAUUAAGCUAAAGUUGUUUUGGUGACUGUAAUGUCCCUUUAACUAUUUCAUUACAGUCUGACCAGGGUCUGCCACAUUUAGCAAGCCAUAACAUAGCUGUCCAGUUGUACUAUUUAACCCUUAUUCUCUGUAAGUGGGCAGAGGGUAGGCAGAGGACAUGGGGUACGUCAUUCACCAUCACAGAUAAUACUCCAUCCUGUAAUCCAUGGGGUCAGGGUAUUAGCUACUGGACUAUUAGCUAUUUAAAGUGUACCUGCUGGGCCGUCAUGCGAGGUGGGGGAGGACCAAUUAUAGGACCCCACCAACUCCAUCAUCAUUAACUUCAUCCCACUGCUUAAAUGAUGGGAUAUUAACAGUUGAGUAUUUGAGUAGGUGACCUGGUUCAGCAGUUAGCAUUCCACUGAGAGCUACACCGGCAAUGGAGGAACUACCAGAAUUCCAUUCAAUUCACAAAAUACAUGUUUGUGCCCAUCUUCUAUUACCUUGCACAAAAAGCUACCAGUAGUUUACAUUUGGUUGUGAACAUGACAGACUAGCAGGGUUAUUUACUGAGUGAGAAUUCAAAGUGAAGUUUACAUUUUAGGCUGAACAUGUAGCAUGGCUGACCUAGUAAUGUAUCCAAUUCCACUAAUGUGGCCUUAAAUUGGAAUUCACUUAGAAAUGUCCCUUUAGUAACCCUGUUGAAUGUGUGUGCACGGGUGGAUUGUGACCAUAUUUGCACAUGCAUUCUAAUCUACAAAUGAUAAUAUCGGAGUCCAGGAGCCCCAGGAGAGAACCUUAGUAAUCAGCGAGAGAACGUAUUUAAAGGUUGUUUUAUUUCGAUUUUUUUUUUUAUAUAAUGCAAUUUUACAUUGAUUAUGUAAUGUAUUGACAAUUAAUUAUUAAUAUUAUUAUUGGCAUAAUUCCCCAGCGCUUUACAGUUACAGAAAGGAGAGAUUAGAGGUUAAAAAAGGCCUUGCUAAAACAAACUUCGAAUUGCAUAUAUUGCAAAAUAAAAAAUGCAAUCAAACACACACAGCUUUAUCCACUAACAUUAGAUUUGUUGGGAAUGUCACAGUGGAUAAAUGUCCUUAUAUUUGAAAUUCACUUUGAAUCACUGACGAUAUUGAAUUUAGCGAAUAGGCCUGACACUGUUUAUAAAUAUCACUUCCAAACCUUCUGCUAAGGCCAAUUAACCAGCCUUUCAUAAUGCAUUGUCAAAUAUUGCCAUCUAGGGCUUUACUGUCCAUCCAUAGCUUGCACAACCAGCACCGUUAGCCAACAUCUGUCCCUGUCCCCCCCCCCCCCAGUUAGCACCAUUGUGCUUUGUUUGACUAAUAAUAUAAUGCUUUGUAGCUUCCAGUGAGCUGUCCUAGCUUUUAACAUUGUGUAUAGUUACAUGCCAGGUACUGCAGCUGCUAUGGUCCUGUCAGUUUCCUUACAAGGAGUAGAAUUGAGGGAGCCCUAAUAAGCAUGAUCACUGCGGCCAACAUCCCCGCACAGAAUGAAAUCCAUUCCUUCUGGAUGCAGUGACGAUGACAUCAUUGUUUUCCUGUUUGGAGGAUUUGUUAUACAUUUACAAAUCAUAAGCUACAAUUCUUACUUCUCAUCCCUCACGUACUAUAUAGGUAUAUUGCAAUAAGAAGGAGGAUUGCGACCUUACCUGCUAUAAAAUCCAUGUUAAAUGUAAGAAAAAUGGUACACACGCUUGAUAUAUAAAUAUAUAUGUUGUAUCUGACAGAUGAGUUUAAAGAACAGGUGGCAGGCAUGCUUCUCUAUUACAAUGAUCUACUUUGCUUCUAGUUUAGUUUUCUUCUUCUUGUUUUAUGGCUGACACCUGCUAAGCACAAGGUUCCGAUAUUGCUCAGACAUCUUUUAAGUCCUCUUGUAGCCAUUGUAAUAUAAUCCCAGCUCAGAUAUCCUUAUCACUGAUCCCUUCCUAUAACCAUGACCAUGGAGCUUAUUAUGGUCCACCUGGGGACAUCGGUACUUCCUGUGGGCAUUUCACACUACAAAUGAUUGGAUCUGCAUUUACCUACAGUUCUUAACCUAUGUGUGAACUAUACUGCAUCCCAUGUUUCAUAUACUAGAGCAGAGAUUUUCAAGCCAGUUCUGAAUGACCCAGGUUUCUUGGUAUCCACUUUGGAAAAGAAUUGGGAAAUUCUGCAUUCACGGUGCACUUCCAGGACUGGUAUGAAAAAACACAGCUCUAAUUUAUAAUUGCGUACAUAUUUUUUAACUUUUGCAGGUGUUUUGCAUUUGACAUGCCCAGACGCCCUAGGACAGGGGUGCCCAAAAAAUUAAUUCCCAGAUGUUGUAAAACUACAACUUCCGUGAUGCAUUUCGAACUUUAGAAAGCAUCAUGGGAGCUGUAGCUCUACAACAUCUGGGGAUCCACCUUUUGGGAACCCCUGCCAUAGGACAUAUGUAUUAACCGUCCUUCGAACUUGUACUGAUCUGAUAUCUCGUGUGCUUCUCUUGCAGAUGUUUGUUGACUGAUCUCUAGCACAGAGGGCUUGUGGUAUGUUGCCUUUCAUUAGACAGGGUGUGCAGACUUUCUGGCAGCAGAACAUUUUACAGUGCAGGUGUUUCUCCCACCUUGCAUUGUCAGAGUAUGUCCCUGCCUGUGCUCCUGUCGAUCGCCAUCAGGUGGAGCUGCUUCAGGACUUUGUAUCCUGUUCUCAGAGACUUUUUGUCAUGACUGGAGCUGGAAUCUCCACUGAGUCAGGAAUUCCGGACUAUCGCUCUGAAGGUGUGGGACUCUACUCGAGGACAGAAAGAAGGCCCAUAGAACAUUCAGAAUUUGUCCGAAGCGAGGCUGCGCGGAGGCGGUACUGGGCCCGGAACUUUGUUGGAUGGCCACAGUUUUCUUCCCAUCAGCCAAACGAGGCACAUAUAGCACUAAGUAAUUGGGAGAGAGCUGGGAAGUUACACUGGCUGGUGACACAAAACGUGGAUGCCCUCCAUACCAAAGCAGGACAGCAGCGCCUCUCUGAGCUACAUGGUUGCACUCAUCGGUAGAUAAACUGAGAAAGCAAUAUCUGUUUGUUCUCCUGUACACCACCACCUUGGCAGAACCUGUCUUUAGAUUUGUUUUGGGUUUUUUUUCACCAUAAGCCCUACCCUCUGUCCAACUGCCUUUCUCACCCUUCUGUUUUACACAAUGACACCUAAAACAACAAAAUCACACUGACUCUGUGAACUUGCCUCCAUCAGUUGGAGUAUGAUGGCAUUACUUUUCUAUAAAUGUCUACCUUCCUGUGACAUGAUAUAUUUAAUAUACAUAUGAAACGUUUACCCACCCCAUUUUAUGUUGUUUUGUUUUUUUUGUAACAUCUGUUCUCCCUAUCCUCCUCAUUUUUCCUUUCCUGUCUUCUCUUUAGGGUAACAUGUCUUUCCUGCAAGACCGUGGUUAAAAGGUCUGAACUCCAGGAAAGGUUUAUGGUUCUCAAUCCAUCCUGGAAUGAAGAGUCACACGGAGUAGCCCCAGAUGGGGAUGUCUUUCUGACGGACGAGCAGGUGGCAAACUUUAAUGUCCCAGCCUGUGAAAGUUGUGGUGGGGUUCUGAAGCCUCAAGUAACAUUCUUUGGGGACACCGUGAGCCAGGAGUUGGUAUUUUCCCUGUAUGACUACUUAAGCCAAUCUGACGCCAUGUUUAUAAUUGGCUCCUCGCUGCAGGUGAGUGACAGAGAGGGUAUUUAUGAAUUUAACCUGUAUUGUGCAAAAAGAAGUGUUUUGAACAAUAUUUUUCUAUAAUUUACUUUAAUUUCCAUUCCUUUUUAUGUUACUAUAUGUGACGCUACAUGGGUGAUUUGGCUUGGAACUCAACUGCAGCUUGUAAACCUCCCUAAUUACAUGAGUGAAGAUACGGAGAAACUUUAAAGUAUCAAUACUGUAGCUUUAAGAAAAAGAGGGAAUAAAUAAGUGUUAACUUAAAUGAAUUGCAUUUAGGCAAUAAUCCAAUAAGAAGACGUGCAAGUAAUCGACAACACAAAGUUCAUUAAUAAGUAUUUCCUCAGAGAUGCAUUAAGUAACACUCUUUGGUUAAUGAGAAUAAUCUUCAAUAGUAACAUUAAGCAAGUAGCUGAGAAUAGUUGCAAAGCAAGAACAGUUCAUAGCUAAUAGGCAUCAUGGUAGUUGUCCUCCAUACAAUUAGUAACUUGAAGCACUGAGUGUAAUUGCAAAGCAAGAAACAGUUCAUAGUGAAUGAGCAUAGUGAAUAAGCAUGAUGAGAGUUGUCCUCCAAAUAAUUAGUAGCUUGUAGUAGUGAAGAUUUCAGUAAGCAAGACUUGUAGAUAAUUAGAUGAGAGUUAUACUUAAGGUUAGUUGUCCUCCAAUAAUAAAGGGAUAAAGUCCACUUGUAAAGUGAGUUUCUGUUCUCCAGCAUUCCUCUAUAACAUGAAGCAUACUUGUCUUAGCCCGAUGGCUAAGACAACAUCAGAGCUUGAAGAGCCGGCGUCUUCCAGGAAGUCGGACCCACAUUGCCAGACCCUGUGGAGAGUUAAGUCUGGCGGAAGUAGUUCCCAGUAGCUGAGCCUGUGGAGCCCGCGGUCUCGCGGAGGCAGCUCACACAUUAGCUCACACACAAUCACCAAGCACCCUCUCUCUGGCGCGGUCUCCCUAAAUACCGUCAGAGCCGCGUCAGAGGGGGGCGGGGUCCAGCUCCGCACAGCGGAGUGCCGAACCCGGAAGUGUUAUCGCAUGACACUAUAGUACUUAACAGUCUAUGACCAAUGGUUUAGUAAGUUUACCCUGAUUAAGGUCUGUCAUCAAACCUAAAAACGUGCGUCAGGAUGUUUUUCUUUGUUAAUUUUACAUAUGGGUAACACUUAGCACUGUUUGUUUUUUUGUUUUCUUUCUGCUCCACUAUGGGAACUACCUCUCUGGCAUUGUAGGCACAAAGCUCCAUAUUGUGUGGUGUGCGGAGGUAGUUGUAGGGAUUUCUGUGUACAUUUAGCCAUGGGUGGGUUGAUUGCUUACUUAGGCGCACCGUUUAGUGAAAUAGGGCCUUUUUAAUACAGCAUUGCAAGGUCUGCCCUCCAGUUUGACUAUAGCUCCAUUCUCUCCCUUUUGUUACACUCUUUAUCCAUUUUGCAGGAAUUGAACCCUGCUCCAGCUAACCUUAACCCCUUAAGGACACAUGACAUGUGUGACAUGUCAUUAUUCCCUUUUAUUCCAGAAAUUUGGUCCGUAAGGGGUUAAAGGAACACUAUAGUCACCAAAACAACUUUAGCUUAAUGGUGCAGUGUUUGUGUGUAGAUCAUGCUCCUGCAGUCUCACAGUUCAAUUUGCUGCCAUUUAGAAGUUAAAGUGCACUGUCUCAAUGAACUUACCUUUCUCAUAUUAUUUCCUCUUCUCUUCCUCUCUCAGAAUCUGUCCUUCUUUUCUUCCUUUCUGAUCUAGUUUUCUUUAAAACACACGACAAAGAAGGGUCUACUUUGUUUCAUGUAUUUUUCCUAAGCUUGACUUUCUUUGACCAAAGAGGAGUUUAAGUCCGCUCCAUUUCCUGUGUCAGAGAAAGUACUCACAGGACAGAGUAGAUAUCCUCUGUGUGUCCAGUGGGGACCGUGAUAUCCCCCACUGGUCCAAAGAGGGGGGGUGGGGUAGGGGUUGGCACACUUUAGAAUUGCACAGAGAGUCUGGAAGCGAGAAGGUUGGCUGCCUCGCCUCAACUUCGUCCCCAGUGUCUUGGGUUCCCAGUGGGUUAGAAACACGAUUCAAGUAUUGGUGUGAUCUCCCGCGAGCCCCUGACUGUAAUAGACCUCUUCAAAGAAUAUAGCCGCUUAUUAACCGGAGUUACCACCCCAGUGAUUCAUAGGAGCCAGGCUCCAUCCCCGAUCCUUUCAUUCAUGUAUUCACACACUGUACAUAAUAUGCAUAUACCUGCCAGACUUGAACAUGUUUUGAGGAUCAACCCCCAGUGUGUGUAGAAUAUUAUAUGGUUUGUUGCCUACUCUGCCAGUAUGGGUAUAUCUCUCAGUCUGUGAAUACAAAGUGUGUGACAUUUUCUCUAAAAUAUGUUUUGUUUUUGUUUGUUUGUGCAGGUUUACUCUGGAUACAGAUUUGCUCUGAAGGCGAAAGAGAAACACAUUCCUAUUGCAAUACUUAAUAUUGGACCCACUAGAGCAGAUCAUUUGGCAUCUGUUAAAGUGAGUUCCCGCUGUGGGGAUGUCCUGUCACAUAUAUUGACCCAAGAGUGAAACCUGUGUGCAGUGUGUCACUGAGAUAUAGAGAAUAGUCAAGAUGUCACGUGGUCAUUCAGUAAACUGAGUGCCUGCAGGGUCAAUAAACCCUCCACAUUGAAUGAAGUCCAAAUACGUACCCAUUUGGGGCUGUGCGAAGACUGAUAGAUCUUGUGCCGUACGGUAUAAACCAGACACGUUCAUUUGUUCUCAGUAAGGUUUGUGAUAUUUAUCCAGAAUGAUGGGAAAAGCUGAUUGGUGGUUUUCAGUGGGUCUUGUACUAUUUAAGUAUCCCACUGAGAAGGCUUGUAACCAUUUAUCCUGAGUUCUCAGUCUGUAUCCUGUGAGGCACUUCUGACAGCGCUAAGGAAAACAGCAGCUGUUUAAUCUCACGUGUUCAAGAUUUUGGUAGGAGAGAUUUGUUUUUAAACAUACUUACAAAAUAAAUGACUGGCAUUGGGGAUACAUGCCUGGAACCUGCUACUGUUACUGUGGUUACUAAAAGUGAUUUUUUUUUUUUUUUACAAAACCUGCUUGGAAGGCAAGUGUAGAAUAAUACCU